AUGGCCGAUACAAAAGACUCGCUCGAGGCGCGAAUCCCUUCGACUUGCCCCUCGUCCAUUUCGCAGAUCCUCACCCACGCCUGGAACCAUGAUCUAGCCUCGCUCAAGCCCCUCCUCGACGUCCCCGGCCGAGCCAGCGUCCAGGAGCCCACGACGGGCGAGACGCCCCUGCACGCCGCGAUCCGCGCUGCGGGCAACUCUUCCUCGCCCGGCAAGGACCAUGAUCUCGCCGCCGCCAAGGCCGUCCUCGAGGAGCUCUUCUUUAGCGGCGCCAUUUGGAACGACGUCGAUUCCAACAAUGAGACCCCUGGUGAUGUCGCCGCCCGUCUGGGCCAGGCCGAGCUGUACCAAAUGUGCGUCGAAGCUGGCGUCCGCGCCGAGCUGCUCUUUGGUCUGCUCGAGGGCUACGAGGCGCUCGAGGACGACGACGACGAGGAUGAGGACAUGGAGGAGGCCGAUGUAGAGGAGAACGGUGAUGCCAUCGCAGAGGAUGGUGACGAGGCUCCUGAGCUCGUAUCGACCAAAAAGACCUUUGAAACCGACGGAGAGCAAGCACAAGAAGAGCAAGAGGAGACGGAAAUCGUAGACUCGAACCCCGACAGAGCCUUUGCGCCACCGAAGCCCGUGACUGCCGACGACCAAGUUACUUCAGACGAAUACCUGCGCUCGAACCUGACGUACACCGACGGCAAACUCGUGGACUCAUCACUCAAUGGCGUGAUGAUGGCUUGGGAAACCGAAAUCAUGAAGGCCUCUGUCGAAGCACUACUUCCAGGAUCCCCCGCCGGCAAGAAGAUCCUCAACAUUGGCUUCGGCAUGGGCAUCAUUGACACCAUGUUUGCCGAAAAGCGCCCGUCCAAGCAUCAUAUAAUUGAAGCCCAUACCGAGGUUAUGACAUAUAUAAAAGGUCCUGAUUGCAAGUUUGGUCAGGCAUGGGAGGCUAGUGGACCGUCUGAGGGCGCUUUCAAAGUACACGAAGGACGCUGGCAAGAUGUGGUAACAAAACUCAUGGAGUCUGGUGAGACAUACGAUGCGAUAUACUUUGACACAUUUGGCGAGGAUUAUUCUCAGCUGCGCAACUUCUUCACAGAGUCCGUUCCAGGACUGUUGGAGGAGGACGGGCGAUUUGGAUUCUUCAACGGCCUUGGCGCUGAUAGACAGGUCUGUUAUGAUGUGUACACCAAGGUAGUUGAGAUGCACUUGUCUGAUGCAGGCAUGGAUGUGGAGUGGCAAGAGAUGGACGUUGACAUGAAGGCUUUGGGAGAGGACGGCAAAGGUGAUUGGGAAGGUGUCAAGAGGAGAUAUUGGACUCUCAACACGUACCGCCUGCCAGUGUGCACCUUUAUGGGCUAG